AUGACUUCUUUCCCGCCUCCCCCCCUUGAAUCUCUUGAAUGGGACAAACUGGGGCUCGCGCCUAUGAAUGUGAAUGCGCACGUCGAGUGUGAUUUCUCUGUAUCCACAGGCAAAUGGUCUGAGCCUCGCCUGGUCGAGGAUCCUCUUCUGCGGAUCCACGGUCUGGCACCGGGCCUCAACUAUGGUCAGCAAGCCUUCGAGGGCAUGAAAGCCUACCGCGAUCCCCAAGGACAGAUUCAAGUCUUCCGUCCCAAGGAUCAUGCAGCUCGUCUGGCCUUGUCAUGCUCGGCAAUCGCCAUCCCUCCAAUCCCCGAAGACCUCUUCCUACGCAGUGUGAAUCUUGCCGUAGCCAGGAAUGCUGAGUAUGUGCCCCCACAUGAUACGGAUGCUGCACUCUACAUCCGACCUCUUGUCUUUGGCUCAGACGCCUUCUUCGCUGUCUCCGCUGGCACUGGCUACAAGUUCUGCGUCUAUGUUCAGCCAUACAGGGCUUACCACGGCGCCCAGCCAAUUCCUGCCCUCAUCCUGGAGGAGCUGGAUAGAGCCGCUCCCAAGGGUGUUGGCCAUGUCAAGGUUGGUGGGAACUAUGCCCCCGUCUUGAAGUGGAGUGAUCAGGCCCGUGCCGAAGGCUUCUAUAUCACCCUGCAUCUCGACAGCCGAACCAAUUCGGAGAUCGAUGAGUUCAGCACCUCGGGAUUUGUGGGCUUCAAGAAGACGGGCGAUUCGUUCACCGUCGUUGUGCCUAGCAGCCGCUCCAUUCUCAAGAGUGUUACCAGCACGACAUGUUUAGAUUUGGCGAAAUCCCUGGGUUGGACUGUCGAGGUUCGCCCUAUCCCCUAUGCGGAGCUUGCCUAUUUCACCGAAGUAGUCGCGGUGGGAACGGCAGCAAUGCUAGUUCCCAUCCGGUCGAUCACUCGGAAAUCUACCGGGGAGACAUUUGAGUUUAGCACUGCGGGGCCUGGUGAGGCCUGCCAAAGGCUGCUGCAGGCUCUCCUGGAGGUUCAAAAGGGAAAGGUCAAGGCUGAUGCUGAGUGGUUGUGGCAAGUGUCCUCUGUUCCAGGGGUGGACGGGGAGGAGAACCCUGCCAGAUGA